AAGUGUGUGUUCAUACCUUUUCGUACACACAUUCUCGGACUCUCUCAUCGAUAUAAUUACACACACUAGACACACCCUCAUACACACACAAACUUACACACAUGAAGAUACAAUCCAACCAUGCCUCGCUGUUGAUCAAGCUUUCAACCCUGAAUUUUCUACUCGUAUUCUCCGCUUCCCAAGAUUUCGAUUUCUUCUACUUUGUUCAACAGUGGCCAGGAUCAUACUGCGACACAAAACAAAGUUGCUGCUACCCGAUCACCGGAAAACCAGCAUCGAACUUUGGAAUCCAUGGACUUUGGCCUAAUAGAAACAAUGGCUCCUAUCCUUCCGAUUGCGACUCUAGCAAUCCUUUCGAUGCAUCCAAUAUUUCAGACCUCAGGAGUGAAAUGCAGUCGGAGUGGCCAACAUUAUCAUGCCCAAGCAACGACGGGCUAACUUUUUGGAGUCACGAGUGGGACAAGCAUGGGACUUGCUCGGAAUCCGUACUCGAUCAACAUGAAUAUUUUGCAACGACUCUUAGCCUCAAGAACCAAAUAAAUCUUCUCCAUGCUUUGGAAAGUGCGGGGAUUCAACCAAAUGGGGAAAAGUAUAGUCUUAGUAGCAUAAAGAGUGCGAUCAUAGGAGCAAGUGGUUUGACACCAUGGAUCCAGUGCAACAAUGACUCCUCUGGUAACAGUCAAUUGUACCAAAUAUACUUGUGUGUGGACUCGUCCGCUUCUGGCUUUAUUGAAUGUCCUGUCUUUCCAUAUGGACAUUGUGAUUCCUCCAUCGAGUUUCCUUCGUUCUAACUUGAAUGUUUUGAUUUCUUGAUGAAUGAACAUGUCUAUUUCUUUAAUUAAGAUAAAUUUGUAUGUUAAUUUACAGUUAUAAA